CCUAUACCUUUAGAUCUAUACCCCCACCCCCCCCCCCCACCACCACCCCAACCAGAUCCCUAAAGAUAAUCAUCCUCCAUUUUUACACACCACCUCACCUCCCCUCCUCUGUUAAAAUGUCACACAACACCGCCACCCACCGCCGCAGCUAUGCUCCUCCUACCCCUGAGAUCCCCAUGGACCACCCCCACCCAGAUCCCCCCAUCUCCACCGUUCAAAACAUAUCCAAUCACUUCUCAAGAUUGUACUUGAACCAUAAGGCCAGGUCUUCUUCUUUAACCCAACCUCCGCCUGUUUCCGAUGGGUCAACCACCGCAUCUUUGACCAAGUCACAGAGUCAAAGAACCAAACUUCCCCAAAAAAGAGCCAAACCCCAUUAUUAUUACUUCAAUAAACCAGUAAAGGAGCAGUCUUUGGACGAAGAAGAAGAAGAAGAAGACAAUAUCAAGAGAGCCAUCGUGGUGAGCAACAAAGUGCCUCCUGAAAAGAAGCAACAAGCUGUAAAUUUGAAGGCAAAAGAUGAACAAGGGUUUGAUGAAGUGAAGAAGUUACCAAAAGGGUAUUAUGAUGUUGAAAAGCCAAUAGGGAUGUUGAGGGGUAGGAGGAGGAGGUCAUUUGGGAGUAGCUCACAAGCUGAGUUGACUGACUUCUUUGCUUGUAAUGGUGUCAAAGUGGUCUCUGCUGACAUGCCUCCCUAUAUGCAGAUUCAUGUUGUGGAUGUCACAAGAAAAACUUAUGAUAGCUUGGAAAAGUUCACUGCCAAAACACUUGCUUUGACUCUUAAAAAGGAGUUUGAUGGGGUUUAUGGACCAGCUUGGCAUUGUAUUGUGGGGUCAAGUUUUGGAUCAUUUGUGACACAUUCAGUUGGUGGAUUCAUGUAUUUCUCCAUGGAUCAGAAGAUUUAUGUUCUUCUGUUCAAGACUGCUGUUCAAAGAGCACAUUGAUGAUGAUGAAAAAAUAACUUCUUAAUAGAAAAAAAAAAAAAAAAAACUGUACAAUUUUUGCUGUAGCCAAUUGUAUCUCAUGCUUCAAUAGUUGUAUUUUAUGCCUCUGAAUGGAUUAUAGCAUGCAUGUUUCCACAUCA